AGUUGACAGGCUCUGAGGUGCUGCUGUGGCGGCGGCCGCGGGGCUGAGGCGGGUGGGAGCCGGAGCCGAGCGCGGGCUCAGGGAGGAGGGCGGCGACUGGAGAGUGGCUAGCGGCGCGGGACGCGGAUCCGCUUUCGCUUUUUCCCUCCCGAGUGCCCCCUCCCACCCCUCCCACUCCACACACACCGUUUGCCCGUGAGCCUGGGGAACUUGCAGCUUAAAGCCAGCCACCCCCACGGCAACAUGUACCCCAGCAACAAGAAGAAAAAGGUGUGGAGAGAGGAGAAAGAACGUUUACUGAAGAUGACCUUAGAGGAGAGACGCAAAGAAUACCUAAGGGACUAUGUUCCCCUGAACACCAUCCUAUCCUGGAAGGAGGAGAUGAAAGGCAAGAGCCAAAAUGAUGAAAUUCUUCUCAUCAAAUGCCUGACUGCUUGCACCAUCCAGCAAAUACUCUCUACCAAGUCUAAAUAGAUGAUUCAGCUGGUACUUAAUGAACAAAAUGAGACAGAACAAAAAUGGACGUAGAUUGUUCAAAGGAAUAAGAAUAUCUAUCUCUUCUUUCCUUGAAUAAGAAGAGGAACUGACAAAGACUGUCUCCUUAACCAAACUUUAGUCAGCUCCCUCUAAGGCCCUUUCUUGACUAGGCCUUGUUUUUACUGGACCUGCAUCACCCUGUUUUAGCAAGAAUCUUGCUAAGUUAGUUUAGAGAGAAUCCCCCAUCCUCAAUAUCUGAUCACCCUUAAUAUCUGAUCACCCUUAAUAUCUGAUCACCCUUGAUAUUUGAUCAAAUUCCUCAGCCCCUACCAUCCUCUAGGCAAUACAUGAUCACCCUGGCCUGCUAUCAACAAGAAUUCUAUUAGGUCUGUUUUACCAGAAUCCCCUCUAUCCCUGAUGUUUCCACUUGGUAAUUUUCCAUCCACUGACCCCCUCCUGCUUUUGGGUGCUCUUCGCCUUGUUGCAUUCAGAAUUGAACCCGGUCUUAUACUGAGGGCUCUUUUCUCCUAUUGUAGUAGUUUCUGAAUAAAAUCCAUUUUUACUGCUUUAA